AAUACAUUUCAGGAAAAACCCCAUCACAGCGAUGGCGAGAUUCUUUACCGACAAUUCGCCAUUAAUCUACAUCGAAUUGACAAGGAUGUCGAGAGAUGCGAUAGAAAUCUGAUAUUCUUCUCUAAUAAAGAGAAUCUCGAAAGCCUUCGAAGAGUCAUGAUCACAUACGUGCGACGAAAUCUCGAAGAUGGGUAUAUACAAGGGAUGUGUGACAUUUUAGCUCCACUCCUGGUUAUCUUUGAAGACGAAAUGUCCUACGAUUGCAUCUUCCGUGUAUGGGAGACGAUAUGGGCAGCCAAGAAGACGUUUACACCUCAUUUUUCGCUGUUCUUUGCCUUGGCGAUGGUAACAAACUACCGGGAUGUGAUCAUUGCCAACAACAUGGAUUUUACUGAUAUGAUCAAGUUCUUCAAUGAAAUGGCAGAACGCCACGACUGUGGUCGUCUACUGACAGCAGCACGAGCACACGUGAAAUGUCUGCAGAGCUUGGUUCAAGCAUCUCAGGUAGCGCCGAUGCUAAGAGGAUAA